AUCCUCUCCAGUCUCCCCAGAUUCCCCUCUAUCAAAUCACUCAACCCUGGCCUAAAAGAAAAUAUCCGGAAGGAAAAGAACAGAAUAGUGCGUGCUUACUAUCUUUUUCACCUCCUGGGUUAUGAUAUUUAUGUUUCUUGUGUUGUGUUUUGCUAGAAAGGUUUGAUCUUUUUGAGGUGGCGCAUUCUGGGUGUUGGGGCAUUUGAUUGUUGUGUUAGCUGUGGUUGAUGCUUGGCAUUCUUGAAAGCUCAAAUUCUGGGAAUGUGGUGGUGGAAUUGAGAAAGGGGAAGAUGAGAGGUGGGAAAGAAGAAGAGAAGAAGAUGGAUCCUAUGUUUCCCAGGCUGCAUAUAAAGAAUGCUGCAGAGAGAGGAGGGCCUAGGGCACCUCCAAGGAACAAAAUGGCUCUUAGUGAACAGCCUGCAGUUUCCCUACCACCCCAGAGGCUCAAUCCUGACCUUCCAUCAAUCUCAAUGCUGCCUCUCCCUCCUGCCAAUUCCCCUACUUCCAUCCCUGGACCAUCUUCCAGUAAUGUCGGUUCUACUGAGAAAAUGUUCCCUCCUUUCUGCUAUCCGCCUGGCUCGUCUCACUGGACUGGGAUAUCUCAUCCCUACUCUAGCGGCAUUCAUUUUGCAGCUGGUGAACCGAGUUUUGCAACGCCAAGAAAUCCAGAUGUAGCGCCAAUGGCAUCUCUGAAUUAUCAGUGUUUUAGCGUUAAAGGGCAUUUGCCUAGCUCGGAGUGUAUACCAUUUCAGCCUUGCAAUUUACCAUACUCUAGUAAUAGCUUUUCUGGUGUGAAGCUUGGAAAUGGUGGUGAUUUUAGUGUUCCAGCAUUUCAUCAAAUAGGGAAACAUGUAAAUUGUGGGAAUGUACAGCAAAACGGGGAGAAAGAAAAGGAUACGUUCUCGAGCUCCAACUCUUAUCAGAAGUUUCGUUGUAGUUCUGAGAAACAAUCUAAAGAUCGAGUUACAGAGAACCUCGAUAUGAGCCAAACAAGGAAGCACCACGCUUCUUUCGUACCAUCAUCUACUAGGGAGAAGUCUUUGAUCAACGUAGAUUCAAGUUCAGUAGCUAGAACUAGGAGUGGGGAGCCUGCACCCCAAUCGAAGAACCAAAAAGAGAGAUUAUACAGUCUGGGAGAUGAUGAUAUAAACAGAAUUCAUAAUUAUAGUUCAGAGUUUCAAGAUGAAUGUAGGGUUCUGCAAGAGAACAAGAGCAAUGGAGAUGGUGAAUAUGAGAAGUCUGCUAAAAAGAGAAGUGCUUCCAUGAUGGAAGAUCUUUCAUGCUCUCGAAGACCAAAUGGGAUAGAAUUUGUAAAUAAAUGCCCUGAUGAACAGGACCAUGGAUCUUUUCAAAACGAGGAAACCUCGGAUGCCUCUGCAGUAAACUCAACAUCUAUUGUAAAUUUAUCCCCCGCCGAUAUAGUAAGAAUGCUAGGCCAAAAGCUAUUCUGGAAAGCAAGGAGGACCAUUCUGCAUCAGCAAAGGAUGUUUGUGCUACAGAUUUUUGAGCUGCACAGGUUGAUAAAGGUGCAGAGAAUGGUUGCUCGUUCACCAGAGAUAUUAUUCGAAGAUAACUUGUAUGUUUCGAAAAAGAAUUUACUAUCCAAUAAUGCUGAGGAAUCUCCUACCCCAAAGACGAUUAUGGGGGAUGGAGGAGCAGACAAAACAAACGAGAAAAUGGUUCCUGUCUGCAAUGAUACUCCCAAGAAUCCCGGGAUGCCAGCAUUGGCAUCUCCUGGUGCUGAAGCAAAAUCGGGGGCUUGGUGCUUCCAGCCCCCUCCUGGGAAUCAGUGGCUAGUUCCUGUAAGAUCACCUUCAGAAGGGCUCGUUUACAAACCGUAUUCUGGUCCUUGUCCUCCACCGGGGGGGAUAUUGGCGCCUCUUUAUGGCGGGGGUUGCAAGCCACUAAACCUGUCAGCUGUUGGUGGAAACUACCUGAACACACCUUAUGGUACAGGAAUUGGGAUUUUCUCGACCCCUCCUGUUGGUCAGGCCUACUUCCAACCAUAUCCCAUGCCCGUGAUGAAUCCCUCCGGCUCACCCUCAGCUAUGGACCUGCUUGCACGAGCUAGUUCUAGUGCCUGGGAGAUUGUCCCAUCAUCCAGAAGCCAGAAGAGCGGGAUCGUAUCAAAUGGUGCUCAAAGUUUGCAGACAGACAGAGGAGGGAGUGACCUGCAAGGAAGCACUGCAAGUAGUCCUUCUGAGAGGGACGCGCUUUCCCUCUUCCCCACCACGCCAGCCACCGACGCCCCUCCACCCCAGAAUCAGAUCUCCGAGCAGCGGAUUCAGGUGAUCAAGGUUGUGCCUCACAACCCCAACACAGCACCAGAAUCUGCAGCUCGAAUCUUCAAGUCCAUUCAAGAAGAAAGGAAACAACACUGACUUAUAUACCCUUUGCUUUAAUUUGCAGUAAGACUAACCACCAUUCUUGCUAUUUACAUUCCUGUAAUCAUGUUGUUCAUCUUUCUUUUGAUUAUAUAUAUACAUACUGUUAAAUGUAAAUAUAUCAUCUCUUUUGUGAAAUGGCCAGUGCAGCAGCCAUUGGUUUUAUUCAAUGUAUUUGGUAUCUUCUCUUUGUGUUGUGUAUUAUAUCCCAUUCAAGAUUUUAUCAAAGCUAUUCUUUCCUUGUGAUCUAUAAAA